AUGACGAACCUCGCAAAGAACGUAGUCGAGCCAGCCUUCAUUGUCUUGGCUUUUACUGCCGGAUGUCUCCUCAAUCGACGCCGCGGCGGCCAAUGCCUCCCCCAGGAGACGCUCAGCGAUGACCUCGAGUCUGGCGAACUCUACACCGACGGCUCUCCUCCCCUCAAGCCCACCGUCAUCCACACCGAGAACCCCGUGCGCAAGGCCCCCAACUUGUUCUUCCGCCUGCUCUCCCGAUUCUUCAAUGCAUAUCCUUUCCUGGUUGAAAUCUGGUACUGGAAUAUGACGUACUGGAUCUACCAGGGGCUCCGAGCCUUCUCUGCGAGGAUGAUUGCAGGCAACGAAGCCAUUUUUAACCGCGCUCGCGACCACGCUAUCCAGAUUCUUUCCUUUGAAAGAUUUAUUGGUGUCGACAUCGAACAGCGAUUCCAGCAGUACAUCAUGAAGGACCAGGCUUGGCUCAUGCCAAUCUUGGCCAAGGUCUACUACUCGCACAUCAGCCUUGGCGUCUGCUUCCUCGUCUACAUUUACACAUUCCUUCCGACUUUAACCUUCCAGCGAAUUCGCCGUACCAUUGCUACCGACAAUGUCAUCGCGUUUUUUAUUGUGACUCUAUGGCGUUGCUCGCCUCCCCGUUUGCUACCACAGGAGUACGGCUUCAUCGAUAUCCUCCACAGUAAGGCCGGCGGAGGCAACGCCUGGAACAACAACCGCUUCCAGCUCACCAUUGCUGCCAUGCCCAGUCUGCACUUUGGCACGGCUCUGUUCUUCGCCGUCUGCAUGUGCCGCUUCUCUCCCCACCGACCCCUGCGAAUCAUUGCCCCUCUAUGGCCUACGGCUAUGCUCAUCACCAUUGUCGCGACUGCCAACCAUUUCCUAACUGACGCUGCCAUUGGCGCCAUGGUCCCCUUCCUGGGGUGGAGGAUCAACCACAUUGUGCUCAUUCUGAAGCCCGUCCAGGACUGGGUCUUUGCCCCUCUUCACAACCGGCUGGACCUGGUGAACCCCACGAUGAGGAGUGUGCCAAAGACUCUGUAA